UGUAAUUACCUUACCCGGUAAUGACCUUACCUUACCCAACAAGACAUCAUCGACCUCGAUCCUCCAUCAACCAUCAACAAUCGCCCAUGCAUCUUCAUCCGCCAUAAACAUGCGACACCUCUGUAUACAUCGAGCAGCUUGCUAUCGAAGAACCCUAGCUCCAUACUGACCGCGCCCGGCGUGUGCGCGCGCGUUCCCGCCGCCAACAUGGGUCGCGCGUGGGACUUCUUUCGCGUCGCCUACACAUCUGUCUACUUCCUCCUCUACAUUCUUCUCGCUGGUCUGCUCCUGAUCACGCCGGCCGACGCCAUCGGGCGCUCGCUCCGCAACAAUCAAGUGUACAACAUAUGGCUUCUGGCCUUUACCUAUGUCCUCACCAUCCUCGUCGUCAGCGUCAUCUACUUUAUCCGCCUGUACGUGAACAAGACGGUCCUCAACAACAUCCCCAAGCCAUGGGUGCCGAUCGACGUGGGCGAUGUGACAAAGGCGGUGCACCAGAUGAUUCAGGACGGGCUCGACAGGAGCGCAGCAAUUGCCUACGAGGCACGGCCGAGGACGGAACCGGACGGCGUCAAGGUCACAAUUGCGGCGGCUGAAGGGCUGGGUAUCUCCAAGGCUUUGCAGCACGAGCUGUGGGACGGCAUUGAACACAAGGGCUGGUCUUCGCCAAAGUCGCCCGAUCUACCAAAUUUGCAUUAUGGGACCGUCCUCGCCGAGCUGCCCAACCUGAUCGAGGCCAAAGCCAUGACGCUGGCGCAGAGAGGGCCCGCGACGGGGAGCGACGUUGCUGCCCCGGACUCUGAGGCCGUGUCUCUUCUGCAGCGGUCUGCCAAUCUUAGUCUACGUGGUUAUGCGGAUCACUUGGCCAGCUUGGACGUCCUCUCGCCAGACGAGACAGUCACCGAUUUCCUCGCGCUGUACGAAUACGCGCGCUUCUCGACGCAGCCCAUAUCCAAUGCCCAGUUCCGCGAACUCAUGCAUCUCUUCGCCGAGGUCCUCCGCAGCAUGCAGCCCCUUGACCUGGCCAUCCUCCAUGACGACGAGACAGCGCCAUCGGAGAGUGCCUAUGGUGGUGGUGAUGGUGAUGACUCACGCAACGAAUAUCUCCACGCCCUCGCGAACCGGCCUGACAGCUCAGACACGUCCUCCAUCCGUCGACCUGCACCUCGCUCGGCUUCCUGGGGCGGCACGUUCCGCACAGCGCCGACCACCCCGCGUAGCCGGCCGCACCUGGCCUCGCGGCCCUCCAGUAGUAGCGGCAAUAGUUUUGCGCAGACCAGACGCCCGUACGAUGCCUCGAGCUCUAGUAGCAUACGCUCCGGUCGGUCGUGGUCGGUGAUUCGACUGGCGACACGGGAGGACGAUGAGGACCUGCCGUAUGUACUGAAUUUGAUGGGCACGGCAGAAAGCAUAUAGGUGCACUGGGUUAUGAUGUAACGUUAUGAUGCAUGGCUUGGAGUAUGGGUACUGCUUCACGGGUAAUACUAUUGCAUUGGAUAUGUAAUUUAUGGAGUACACAAAAGGGAACAGGUCUUUGACCUUCACUCAAUACACGUAUGACAG